AUGGCUGUAGCUGCCAUAGUGUACGAGUCUGAUGGUAUACGGAACCGUAUCUGCUUUGACUUGCCUACGGUGGACGAGAUUAAAAGAAGAAGGCCGAAAAAGAUCAAUGGCUUCCUGGUCUUCAGGAACCGCUUUCUUCGAGAAUUAAAAACGCACGGAGAGACCCUUAUGCCGCACACUAUGACGCAGAUAGCAGCGCGUGUAUGGCGUGCCACAGACGAUGUUAACAAGGCAGUGUUUCUUACACUCGCCAACGAAGUUAUGGAUUCAAUACGAUCGGAAGGAUCAGACAUGGAGGUUACUGGUACUGAUCAACUACCUCAUGUUAUGAAUUCCGUUGUCGGCAUUGCAGCUGACGUAGCAUUGUUAGGCGUUGAGUAG